CUGCAAUCGAAAGAAUAUCCGAAACAAGAAAGAAUAUAUAAUCUAUGACGUUAACAAUUUUUUCCGGAUAUCCGGAAAAGCUUUGUAGCGGAAAUUAUUUUGACUUGGAGGCUGACAUGAAACAAAAACAAAAAACAGUUUUCAAUAAUGUCUCUCACAAAAUUUUAAUGAUAUUGCACCAUAAUAAAGUUUGCGCUAGAUUACCAUUGUCGUAGGUCUCCGUUGUUAGGUGACUUUUUAAUAUUACUGAUUGUUGUUAUUGCAUACCGUAAGAUGCCUAAAAGAACAGUUUAGAUAGUUUGGAUCAUCUUUAGCUUAUAAUUCAUGCAGAAUAUGGAGGUAGAGCUACAAGACACUUUCUUGCGUGAUGAGGAUCAACAGUCCUUUCAUAGUCCCAAACCAGCUUUUCCCGCGUUAAAUAAAAGAAAAUACGAAAAAGCGCAGGAUGAGAGGGCUCUUGCUGAACAGCAGGCAAAAGAGGAAAAAGAGCAGGCAGAAAACAUUGCUUCUAUGCUAAUGCACAACUAUGACUCCAAGCUUUAUGGAGAAGAUGAUACGUCCCAACCUACUUCACGCACUGCUCCCAUUAUUCCUAUGGAAGCGACACGCAAGAAAAAAAAGAGGAAAAGAUCCCAAAUCACAAUAUGCCUUACAAACUGUCGAUAUGAGUCUAUAAGGAAAGUGGCCAGUGCUUUUGGCAUGAAGGAGGUUUCCGAGGAGGAGGCAUGGAACUUUUACUGGACGGACAUGAGUGUGUCAGUGGAGAGGGCCAAGGAAAUGAAGAGAUUCCAACGCAUCAAUCACUUUCCAGGCAUGCUGGAAAUCUGCAGGAAGGAUCUAUUGGCUCGAAAUUUGAAUAGAAUGCAAAAAAUUUACCCUAAGGAAUAUAACUUCUUUCCGAAAACUUGGUGCCUGCCAGCUGAUUUUGGGGAAGCACUAAAUUACAGCAAGUCUCGUAAAAAUAAAACUUUUAUAAUAAAGCCGGAGUGCGGAAGUCAGGGUCGCGGUAUUUAUUUGACUAAAUCACUGAAAGACAUUAAGCCCACUGAUAAACUUAUAUGUCAGGUAUAUCUCUCCAAACCCUACUUGGUGGACGGUUACAAAUUCGACAUAAGAGUGUACACUCUUAUAACUUCGUGUGAUCCGCUAAGAAUAUUUGUGUACAAUGAAGGGCUUGUGAGGUUCGCGACGAGCAGAUAUGCCGAUCCGAACGUCAACAAUACCACCAAUGUUUUUAUGCAUUUAACAAAUUACGCGUUGAACAAGCACAGCAGGACUUACGUGUAUGAUUCUGAGGCUGGAAGUAAGCGCAAGAUAUCGACUUUGAACAAAAUCCUGCUGUCUCAAGGAGUUGAUCUGGACCGGCUGUGGCACUCGAUAGAUCAAGUCAUAGUGAAGACUAUCAUAUCCGCCUGGCCGAUACUCAAGCAUAGCUAUCACGCGUGUUUCCCCUCGCAUGACAUGGUUCACGCGUGUUUUGAAAUUCUGGGCUUUGACAUACUUUUGGACCAUAAAUUGCAUCCUUACAUCUUAGAGGUGAACCAUUCACCUAGUUUUCACACGGACACUCAGUUGGAUCGUGAGGUGAAGGAAAAUUUACUAACGGAUACUUUCACAAUGCUUAACAUCUGGCAGUGUGACAAGAAACGUGUGUUAGAAGAGGAUAGAAAGAGGAUUAGAGACAGGCUACUGCAGACUAAUAAAUUUUCGGAAUUUACACCAACUGAAGACAAAGAGCCGGAGAAAAGUCCAUGGCAAACGCAAAUUCAAUGGGAGGAAACGCAUCUGGGAAAUUUUAGGCGAGUAUAUCCCGUUGGAGAGCAGUAUGCAUCGUUGUUCCAGCAGCCUUCGGGAUCUCUUUACACGGGCACGGCGUCGUCUCGAGCUCGCGGGGACUGCACUCGCAUACAACGGGAAGAAUUCCAGCAAACAAAAGCAAAGGCGGAAGCUUUAAAGAAGCCGUCGCAACCCAAACCUGUUAAGGAAGGCGAAAAGAAAUUGGCCGAAGAUUCCAGUACAGCGACAGUGUCUACCGCCACCGCUGUAUCUAUCGUGGAUAAAACGAAGCCGAAACCUAAAGAAAAAGUUGUACGCAAAGAAAAGGACAAAGAUGAUAAAGACAAGAAGCUCACAGCGAAGCCGUCUCUUGCUCUACAAACUGUGCAAGAAAAAGAGAACAAGCCGACGUAUGUGUUGUGUUCUUUCGAACCGGAUCCGAUAGUAGAGAAAGAAGAACGUGAACGUGUUAAUCUUUUGGCGCAGCGGGACUUCCUUAUACGGAGUUACGGAAUGCUUGAACAGAUAUAUCUAGUCAUGAAAAAAAUGGGUACCCUCAGACCCGAGGAUGAACGCAAAUACGGUGUAUACGGACGUCUCUCCGUUGUAUCGAACUCUCCCAAGACCGCCAUAAUAAAGAAGCACAUAUUAAAAACUAAACGUAGCCGGAAAAUUAACAAUGAUGGAGACCAUUUGGAUGAUGAGUUCCAAGUGAAGUGCAGCGACGCAGUAAUCUCCGCGCGUCCUGUGGUUGUCAUGGAGAUACGCGAUCGCACUACUAAAACGCAUCUCGUCCGCAUGGCCUACACCAUACGGAAAAUGAAUUCGACUGCCACGCCAAUUCCUCUGACCAAAUACACGGAUUUGCUUUCAAGCUAAUGAUGAUUAUUGAAUCAUCAUUAACUUGCACUGUACACGAAUUUUAUGUGUACCAAACAAUUAAUGCCAAAUCUCGUAAAAAUAUUUAAAGCAGUUAAAUGCAAUUAUGGUGCUUAUUAAUUACUCAUAAGGCAUAUUUUUAUAUAUAAUUUGUUUUUAAUAAAGCUAUUUAUAUUCGAAUUAUAUUAUCAUGUCGAAGUGUUCUGUAAAUUUUAGUGCACACAAUGAGGAAACUAGAAACUUGUUCAUGAUAAUUAUAAAAUGUACUGCGAUUUUAAUAUACUGUCAUAUGCAUGUCCAAUAAAAUAAAAAUAUUGUUUAUAUCAAA